CCGGAUAAGAAUCAUCCCCUCUCCGGAGCAGCAGGUGCCUCCGGCUCCCUCCCUCUCGGCCAAAACGCCUUCCCAGCGCCGGCAGGUGCCGGAGCGGCAUGAAGAAAAAUGGCGUCGACAACCUGGCUUUCGAGCCGCCCAGCCCCGAGCAGCGGCGAGCGGUCCCCGGCCCCCAGCAGAGCCCGGACCCCCAGGAGGAGGAAGAGGCGGCGGAGGAGCUCUGCGGCUGGGGCCGGUGCGCGCCGCCCCUCCUGCAGCUCUGCAACAACGCCAAGGGCUACCUGCUCUUCUACAGCCUCCUCUCCGUCUUCCAAGGCAUUAUAGUAAAUGGUUUAAUCAACGUAAGCAUCUCUACUAUUGAGAAGCGCUAUGAACUGAACAGUUCCCUCACGGGUUUAAUCUCUGCCAGCUAUGACAUUGCAUUCUGCGUGUUGUGUCUUUUUAUAUCCUUCUACGGUGAAAGAGGACACAAACCAAGAUGGCUGGCCUUUGCAUCAUUCCUGAUCGGGCUGGGAUCACUUGUAUUCUCUUUGCCACAUUUUCUUAGCGGAGUGUAUAAAUAUGGAGAGAAAUUGGAUGACACCUGCCCAGUAACUAAUAGUCAGUUUUACAAUGCCACCUGCACUCCUGGCUCAAAGUCUUCACUCUCCAACUACCUCUAUGUUUUCAUCCUGGGACAGCUGAUAUUGGGAGCAGGUGGAACUCCUCUUUACACACUGGGAACAGCAUUCAUUGAUGACAGUGUCCCUAAACACAAAGCUUCAGUCUAUAUUGGAAUUGGCUAUUCCAUGUCCUUGCUGGGUCCUGCUGUUGGCUAUGUGUUAGGAGGACAGUUGCUUAAUAUCUAUGUUGAUUUCAACCAGCAAGUAAGGACAGAUAUCACUCCAGAUGAUCCGCGUUGGGUUGGAGCUUGGUGGGUAGCAUUUGUUGUAUGCAGUUUCUGUACGUGGCUUUUGGUAGCACCAUUUUCAUAUUUUCCAAGGCGUUUGCCAGGUACGCAAAGAAUACAAGCUGAAAAGAUUUCAGAAGCACAUGAUGAUGGAAAAGAACACAAGGACAUGGGGAAGGAUAUAAAAAACUUUCCAUGGACUCUCUGGAGCAUGCUGAGGAACCCUGUGUUGAUGUGUCUUGUAAUCGCUGCUGCAGUAGAAGCCUUAGUUGCCACUGGCUUUGCAACAUUCUUACCCAAAUUUAUCGAAAAUCAGUUUGGUUUUUCAUCUAGCUAUUCAGCUACUUUAGGAGGAGUUGUCCUCGUCCCAGGAGCUGCUCUUGGCCAAAUCAUAAGUGGUACAUUGGUUUCCAAGCUGAAAUUGGAUUGCAAAAACGUAAUCAAAUUCAUUGCCAUUACAUGUUCAAUAGCGCUUGCAUUAAAUUCGGUAUUUUUGUUUGCCAAAUGUGGAAAUGAACCCUUUGCAGGUGUAUCUGAAACAUAUAAUGGGACAGGCAUGUUAUCCAACUUAACUGCACCAUGUAAUAUGAACUGCCGCUGCUUGCGUUCAGUUUAUUUACCAGUUUGUGGCACAGACGAAGUCCAGUAUUUUUCUCCAUGUUAUGCAGGAUGCAGCUCUGUUUCUAUUCAAAAAAGUGGAAAGGUAUACAGCAAUUGCUCCUGCAUUGUGAAUCCUAAAACCGCAUUUAACAAUUUUACCAAUGGGGCCAUUACUGGGAAGUGUACAUCCAAGUGUACAGCCCUGCCUGCAUUUCUUUUCUUCUUCUUUCUUACAGUUGUUUUUACUUUUAUGGCUGUUACACCAACAACUGUGGCCAUUCUCAGAUGUGUACCAGAUAUGCAUCGAUCAUUUGCUAUGGGUGUUCACAUGUUGUUUCUACGACUCAUAGGUACUAUACCUGGACCAAUCUUGUUUGGCGUAGCGAUUGACAAUAGCUGUACUUUGUGGUCUGUAGAUAAUUGUGGCAAAAGCGGAGCCUGUUGGGUUUACAAUAACCAUCUAAUGGCCUAUACAUUAAUGGGUAUAAGUGCAACUUGCAAAGUGAUUUCCAUUGCCUUCACUGUUAUAGCCUUUGUCUUAUAUAAGCCUCCACCAGUUAAAACUUCUGCUUCACAGAAGGACAUUGAAACAGAGAUGAGUGUACAACUGUAGCAUAAUGAAUAACUAAAGCUCUCACAGAAACUCUCAAAAAUUGAAGAUUGAGAGUCAGCUUUUUAAAAACACUCCAACUAGACCUACCGAGCCUGAACAAUACCAGCACUGGAGCAGAUCUUGAAUAAUCCUCCUAUUUUUUUAAAAAAGUAAAUAUGGCUGUAAGAUUUAUUACAAUGAUUUGAAACACCAGUUCAUUCAAACAAAAUAACAUGGAACAUUCUAGAAUAAGAAAUGGCACUUUUUAAACCUUUCUGAUCAACAGAGCUAGCCUCUUAGGCUAGUCAGUUCAUUCCAUUGCCCAAUUCAGGUACUCAGCAAUCCCUCUAGAAGCAUGUGAACCAUCAGUGGGCUCAUGUCAUUGCUGAUUUCACAGGGAGGUGCUUCUUCCAUGAAAUGACAGCUGGGGCCAUCCACACAACCAGUACAGAUGUACAUAUCAUGGCAGCUGCAUGUGGAGGGACUAGAUCACAAAUGAUUGUCCCCCUACAAUCCCUGUGGGUUUCAGACUCAGCAGGGGCCCAUAAGUGGCUGUAUAUAAUCUCAUGGCAGGUAGGAGACAUUGGGCUGGGAUAGUAUAGUGGAUUCAAGUAUUAAUUUUUCAUUGUUUAACCUUCUGACAAUAUUUUCAGCAAACCUACAAAAUAUGCAAUUUUUGUGCUAAUAAAGCACAAGCUCAAAGUUCUGCAAAUAUAUUCAUGCAACUAUUUCUUAAGGCAUGAAUGUGGAUUAAUAUUUACAUUCCUUUACAUGUUAAAAGAAUUUUUAUCUUAUAAACUUUUCUUAGACUAUCCACAUUGUCACCCCCCCUAUUGUUCAUGAUUUUAAGCAAGCUCACCUCUUUUGCUGAUCUUCAGAUUUCACAAAAUUUCAGUACUUUGAUCUUGUAGAAACUGGGUAUAAUUAUACAACAGUUGGCUGCUGUAUUCUCACUCUUAAGCUUUACAUAUGAAAAUCACUUGAAUGAGUCAUUAGUAUUUUUGAAUCCUGUAUUCCUGUAUUUGUGACUGAUUCACAUGUGGUCAGCUGCUCUGGCAGAUGUCUCUGUUGUAUUACAGGAUGUACGCUUUCAAAAAAAAUGUGGUCACCAGAGUACUGACUCAUAAUGGAAAUUUCUGUGAUUAUAAUCUUUUUUUUUUUUUGCCAAUGCUCUAGAGAAAAGAUCUGUUUCCCCCUUAGCUCUAACUGUGCACAAUAGUUGGAAAUAUUGCUCAGGAGAUUCCUCAUUAUUAUUAUCUGGGAUUGUUGGCAUCCAUGUAUUGGUGGCUUGAAUCCUGUGGUAAAUUUUUGCUAUUACAGGAGGUGGUGGAUUUUAACUGUCUUACUGCAGACCCUUCCCAUACCUCUCAUCCCCCCCGCCCCCCAGUAUUUCAGUAACUAUCGUGGGCUACAACUGCAAGGGGAAAUGAAAGAAGCCCCAUUCCACUAAUGGAAAUGCCUUUGUUAUAUUUAUUCCUGCCUCAAUGGUCAUGAAACAAAACUGCUGUUUGGGAUACAGAUUGUGGAACAAUGAUACAACUACCAUGUUUCAUAACUCUGCUUGCCUGCUUUUACCAGAGUGUCACAAAGUGAUCUCUGGGAUUAGUAGCUACAGAGGGGUGCUGAGGGAAUGUACCAUAAGCUCUACAUUUGGAAGCUAAUCAUUAGGAUAUCUGUCACAUAAGCACAAUACUGUCCUGCUGCUUCUUCGUAAACUUCUUCAGUUUUACUGCUUUGUGUCAAUGUUUUGAUUACUUAACAGCAAAUCAACUUUCUGGUAAUAUUCAGUGCAAACCAGUAAACCUUGCUAUAUGUGUUUUCAUAAUGCAAAGACAUCUGCAGGGUAAGAAAACACUGACCGAUAUGUUCUCAGUUUUUAAUCUGUAUGUUCCAUUAGUAUAUUAAAGGACUUCAACUGCAGAUAUUGAAAAACUUUCAGAAACACUUUUUUGUUUCUUCAUAAAUAUAAAAUGUAUGUUCUGUUAAGCAAAUUAUUACAUUUAUAAUUCUCUUAAACCCAAAGACCGACCACAAUCCAGAAAGCCCAUUUAUGGGUAUCCAAAGCAUUGUACAAGGACAUCAUGGAGUUUAAUGUCUUUUAAUGAAGAAAGCCCUUUGAUGAACUUCUCAGAUCCCUCUGUCUCUGGCUGCCACAACGGGUGAAGAAUACUUUAUUUUGCUGUGCUGCAGUUCCUUUCAUCGAACUGGCACACACAAUUCUCCAAAUCACAGCUAGCUGACCGAUCGUCUGUGCCUGUUUUUGCACAGUUUCCCCCAGAAAUCAAUGAACUCAACAUUUUAUAAGAGUUUGUAUGCAGGAUUGGAAGCAAUAAUCUUUAGAUUAUAUCCUAAAGGACACUGUCAAGAGAUUCCAGUGCAAACCACCAUCUCCCACCAAGUGUGCCUAAGAUCUGUGUGGUUAUGGUUUUGUCCAUUGCAAGUUACCAAUAUGUCUGAAAUUGCUGCUGAGAUGCCAGUUUUUUUGCACUAUUUGUUGCAUGAAUGAAUGUAUUUUAAAAUCCUAAUAUAUAACUCGGUGCACAUAUACCAAAACAGACUGAAUUCUUGUUGGCUCUUUCUGUUUUUGAACAAUAUUUUUAAUGAAAGCAAGUAUUUAUUUUAGACAGUUAUCAGAACAUAUAAAUGACUCAUGAAAUGUAUUUUAUUAAGACAUUCUUUUUAAAUACUUGAAUUAAA